UAUUUUAUUUACUUUUCUAUGAACAAUGUAAACCAAAUAACUAAUACUAAUAAAAAACUACUAGGUUAAUUUGAUUUAAGGAAAGUGAAGAUUUUGAAUAAAUCACCGCGAGGUUGAAUCUAUAAGAAAAAAAAUGGAAGUACACUGAAUUUUCUUUUUAAAGUCUAAUCUCUACUAUCUCUAGUCUAGUCUGGAGAAAGAAACGCACUGGGAAGGAGCGGAAAGAGCAGCGGAGGGCCCGAGGAGCGAGGAGGCCUCCAACUCCAAAAAAAUAUUAAAAACGCCGUGCAGAGGUGCACAGGCACAGCCGCAAGCGAACGAGCCAGCGUAGAAGGAGCAGAGCGGCCAUCCACUGCCGUCCUGUUCCGCCCCCAGACGGCUCCAGAAACGCACGGGCGUGCGCGCGCCCGCGGAGCAGAGCUGAUCGACUGACUUGUCUGACUGAGACCGCGGCCGGCCGUGAUCCGCCCGCUCCAUGGCGCGCUCCAAGAACGGCUGCCUCAAGAUCCUCGUCUGCGCCGGCUCCAGCUCCGAUCCCUCCGCCGGCUCCGACGCCGACGCCGCCGACCACCCCGACGAGAACAAGGCCAUAUCAGAUAAAAGCAUAUGGAGCUUUCGUAGGAGAUCUACAAGGCAUCGAGUUUUGAAGAACUCUGAUAUCUCAGAACCUGAAACUGUUAGUUCCAGCAAAGCGAAGGCUGACAUUGCACCAAACAACAAUGUUUAUACUUCAACAUAUUCUUUUGCCUCGGAGAAGCCUCUGCAACAUAACAAGCCAAAUGAAAAUGUUCUGCAUCAAGAGAAACCAGAGGAAAUGCCUUUGCAUCAAGAUAGCUCCGAAAAGCUGAUGGAGAAGCCAAUUGAAAAGCAUAUUGACAAACUUAUGGAAGAACCUGCUGACCAGAUAAUUGAAAAAUCAAUUGAACUACCUACUCAAAAGAUAACUGAAACACCAACUGAUGAGCCAGCUGAAAAAAUAAAUGAAACACCAACUGGAGAACCAGCUGAAAAAAUAAUAGAGGCGGCAUCUGAAAAUACAGAAGGGACAAUAAAAAAUGCAACCGAAGAGACACAUGAAAUGGCAGUUGAGGAACUAAUUGAAGAGCCAGAAGAAACUAUUUCUGUUUCAUCAACUGGGCUAAAGCAGGGGGAAAACACCUCACUUGUUGAAGGAAGCAGUGCAGACGAUGAGGAAGAUCAUUUGGAGUGUGCAGCUACUAAUCUUCAGCCUGGCAAUGACACUUGCCUUGAAAGGGAAGAGGUACUGAACCAGAAGGAUCUGGUGAAACUGCAAGCUGUUAUACGUGGACAUCUAGUUAGAAAGCAGGCUUUAGAAUCUUUACAAUGUUUGCUUGCGAUUAUUAAAAUUCAAGGGUUAAUCAGGGCUCAUCAAGCACAACAUUCACCAGGAAUGAUUCAGGAGACUAUUGUUCAUUCUUCAGGUGAGAAAUUGCUUCGCAAUGGAUUUGCUCUCAAGCUCAUGGACAACAUGUCGACGUCAAAAUCCAUUUGCAUAAAAUGUGAUCCUUCAGAAUCUGAUGUUACAUGGGAAUGGAUGGAGAGGUGGACAACCUUAAUUCCACCAAUCACUGUGGUGCACGUGCCAGAGCAUAAAGAAAAUAGUGAGUUGAUGGGUGAAACUGUGACCGAACAAGUGACUGAACAUGCUCAGUGUGAUGAAGACAUUGUUGCUUUGGACUCAGACAUAUGUUUCCCCAAGUUGGUGGCUGAUGACGUGAAAGAAACAGUAGAGACAUCUGAAUCUAGUACCUUGGAGGCUCCAGUGAGUGUUCCAGAUGAAACCCCAAAGAUGGAAAUGAAACAUGAUACUGAAUCAGAGUUGAUCGAAACUACUAAUGUUGACGCUGAGCAAGUAACUGACCAAAAGGCUGAAAAUGAUGUGGACAAGGCUUUUAUGUCCUUGAAUCAACAAUAUACCCAAGCAGAUGCAUCGAGGGAUCCCUGUCCACUUUCUGAAAAAUUUGAAUCAUCCAAGGAGGACAGUGGCGAUGCGUACAAUUCUGAGCAGACACUGGAGAUGGAAGGUAAAAGGUUUGUGGUGAGAAAGUCAUGCAAUCCAGCAUUUGCUGCUGCACAAUUGAAAUUUGAAGAGCUGAGUACAAAUUCGACAGUCAGCAGGUCCAGCAGCUUGUCACAUCUGGAUGGGGCGAGCAAGUCAAGGGUUCACGCUCCUAGUUCGCAAGAAGAUUGCUCCUCAAAGCAAGAUGGCACAGGCAUGCCAGAUAGAUCGGUUGGUCAUGAUACUAAAAUGAUUAUUGCUGCAUCAGAAUGUGGGACUGAGAUAUCAAUUUCAUCCACACUGGACUCACCAGAUAGAUCAGAAGGUGACGGUGGGGAGAUCGUGUUGGAGAUUGGAGCUCUGGAAAAUAGAAACUAUGUCACCAGCAAAGCUGAUAAUGACUUCAAUACUGUCCAUCCCGAGGUAAAAAAUGCUCCUGAAGUAGAAGCCCAGCCGCAGAAGCAAAUAGAACAGAACGGCCAUGUUCCUGCCCUCGAAAUAGAAGCCCAGCCACAAGACGAGCUUGUUCAGGAACCGCAUGCUGAACCGGAAAUGCCAGGUUUGCAUGAACGAUUGGAAAAACCUGUCGCAUCUUACGCCACACCUGAAGGAACUCCAAUGAGCCGAACGACUAUCACUGAAUCUCAAGAAACACCGUCAAGUGAGGUCUCUGUUAAUACCAAAAAGAGCAGGAGCAAAAAGCCCAAGCCCCAUGCAAGCAAGAGGUCGCUGGCUAGUCCUGGCAGCGACUCAGUCGGCCGGAGCAGCACCGACAACUUCUCAAAGGAAUCAAGGCAUCCCAAGAGAGAGAGCUCAAGCAAGGCUGCUAAAUCCGACCACGUCGAACAAGAACCUCGCACGAGCAACAGCAACAGCAACCUGUUGCCAAGCUACAUGCAAUUUACAGAAUCUGCAAGAGCCAAGGCGUCGUCGUCCCCGAAGAUGAGCCCAGAUGUGCAGGACAGCAACCCAAGGAAAAGGCACUCGUUGCCCAUGACCGACGGCAAGCAUGACUCGUCGCCUCGCAUGCAGCGAUCGUCGUCACAUGCUCAGCAAAACGUCAAGAGCAACGGGCCUGCUCCACACAGCGCGUCUGACAGGAAGUGGCAUAUCUGAUGGGUAGGCCGAGCAGCGUAUUCGAAUGUCUAGAUGGCUUUCUUGUGAUGAACUCCUGCCUUCUCCGCACACUCCAUCUAACUCGUCAAGUUUUUUAUUUUUCCUUGAUUCGUCGUUGGAAUACUGAGUAUAGUUGGAAGAAGGGCAGCAGCUGCCUCUUGAUAUGUGUAAAUUUGUUGGUUGUGUACUUGUGUUAUGUCACUGAUGUGGUUUCUGUGUGUAAUAUAUGUCGCUUUGACUUGUCAUGCAACAUUGAAGAGUAUAUGGAUUGGUCUGUUGUAUUUGGCGACAUUGAAGUUUUUGUGUGUGUGUGUGUGGAUA